AUAUUAGAUAUAUCUCAAUCAUGUGUAGUAGAUAGUUAUAUUGCACCAAAAGACUAUGAUAAAGAAGGUUUUGUAAUAGGUAUUGACUUGGGCAGUGCCUACUCAACAAUGCAGGUCUACACGAGUCAAUCGAAUCUCUAUUACCUUGGUGAACCCUUGACGAUUCCAUCUUAUGUAGCAUUCAAAGAUAAUCGGAUAAUAGUUGGUAAUGAAGAAGCAAUGAACCAGGCCAUCCUCGACCCUGAGAACACAAUUACCAUUGAGCAAAUCAGGCAAUUGAUCGGAAGAAGGUUCUCCGAUCAACAUGUUCAGGACAGUUUGAAGUCAUUACCAUUCAGGGUGGUCGACAAAGAUGACAAGCCGUAUAUUGUCGUCAAGUUCAAUGGUGAAGACAAUGCAUACUCGCCAUUGGAGAUCGCUGCAAUGAUCAUCAUUCUAAUGAGAAAGAGCGCUGAGUCAAUCUUUGGUUUUCAAGUCACACAUGCGAUAAUCACCUGUCCUUUAAACUUCAACGAUCAGCAGCGAGAGGCAAUCAAAGACAUUGGUGCAUUGGCAGGGCUAAAGGUCGUACGUGUCCUUGAUGAGCCAGUAUCAGCCUAUCUUGGAAUGGAUAUAGAGAAGAGCGAUGGUGACAAGAACAUCUUGGUGUUUGAUUUCGGAAUAGACAUGUUGGAAGUCACUAUCUUGAAUGCCAACUACAAUGGUGACAUAAAGGUGUUGGCCAACACAAAUGGAGAUACUGGAUUGAGUGGCAGAAUCAUUGAUCAAAAUGUAGCCAAGUACUUCCUCUCAUCAUUCAAGAACAAGACCAAAAAGGAUGCACACUUGGACAAGGUAUCAAUCCAGAAACUGAGUCGUGCCAUUGAUCACAAAAGAAUCUUUGGCUUCAAACUAAGUGAAGUUGAGAUCAAAGUAGAGGACUUCUUUGAAGAUCAUGACCUAGUUGACACACUGACAAGUGACAAGUUUGAGGACCUCAACAAAGAUAUCUUUGAUCAUUUACUCGAUCCAGUCAAUCGAGCUCUGGAGAGCAGUGGCUUGAACAAGAGAGAUAUCAACGAGUACAUCUUGGUUGGAUAUCACUGUCGCAUAACCAAGGUUCCUAAAAUGUUGUCAGACUUCUUUGAUGGCAAAGAAUCAUUUAACAAUUGGCACUAUAUGGCAUCACCACAACGAGCCGUCUCAGCUGGCGCCGCCUUAAACGGGGUGGGCUUCCUUGUGGAACCGAAAUUGGCGCCCUACUGUCUUUAUUGUUGGUAUAGAGACUACACGCCAACGAUGGGUAUUGAGACGACGGGUGGCGUCAUGGUACCCUUUAUUACCAGAAAUCAAAUGGUGAUCCCAGCGAGGAAAACACAUGUGUUCACUACAUCGCGCGACAACCAAGACACGAUGCACUUCAAGAUAUUCGAAGGCGAGAGACCGUUUGCCAAGGACAACAAUCUGAUGAACGAGUUCGAGUUCACUGGUAUACCUCUGGCACCGCGUGGAACUCCACGCAUCGAGGUCAAGUUUGAGAUUGAUGUCAAUGGUAUCUUCCAAGUAUAUGCAAAGGAUUUGUCAACUGGAAGCAUGAAGUCGAUCACUAUCAAUUCAGACUCGGAUGCACGUUCAUUCUAUGACAACAUGGAGGAGGCGAUGAGUCUCAAGGACAAUGACACUGCCCUUGUUGAGAGAGUUCAAUCACGUAUUAGUUUGGAGAACUUCAUCAAUCAGAUCAAGUCCAUAAUCAAUGACAAGGUGGCCAGCAAGAUCACGGCAGACAACAGGUCUUCCAUCGAGUCGUCCAUUAAUGAUGUGUUGAAGUGGAUUGAAUCCAACAACAAUUAUGAGAUGUUGUUGAAGACUAGUGAUGAUACAGUCAGCAAGCUACCCAAUGACUUUGGAGAACCAUUGGUGUUGUUUGAUGAGUAUGAUACCCAGUACAAAGCACUGGAGAAGGUAGUCCGUCCAAUCAUUACCAAGUUAUUAGAGGAGACAUCUACAAACCUUGGCGAUAACAACAAACAGAGGUCAUUCCAACCUCAUGACGAA